UCAAUUUUCUACCAUGUCAACCGCUUUCAAUGAUUUCGACGCCAUUUCUGAUGCUGUGGAUAAAGUGAACAUCCUCAAGGCGUCUACUAUUGUGUGGGACAGUAAAUCCGAGUUCGAUAACGGCCUCGACAAGACGCGUUUCCGACAGUACAACGACGCAUGCGACCGGGUUAAAGGAUUCUACCGGGAGCAGCAUGAGAAACAGACCGUUCAGUACAACCUAGAGGCGCGCGCCAACUUGAAGAACACCGUACGCGCGAGGAUGGGCGUAUGCGAGGCUCUCGAGCUACUCAACACCCUUGUAGACGAGUCUGACCCCGAUAUCGAUCUCUCCCAAAUUGACCACCUCCUUCAAACCGCCGAGUCCAUACGCCGUGAUGGGAAACCCGAGUGGAUGCAAGUCACAGGGCUCGUACAUGAUUUGGGGAAACUGCUCUUCCUUUUCGGUUCAGAGGGUCAGUGGGAUGUUGUCGGUGAUACGUUCGUCGUGGGGUGUCGUUUCUCAGACAAGGUUAUCUACCCAGAGACCUUUAAAGGAAACCCGGAUGCCUCUCACCCUAUUUAUUCCACUGAAUAUGGGAUGUACGAGCCGCAUUGUGGGCUGGAUAAAGUAAUGCUUUCGUGGGGACACGAUGAGUAUCUCUAUAACGUUUUCAAGGAACAGUCUUCCCUUCCCAGGGAAGGCCUUGCUAUGAUCAGGUAUCAUAGCUUCUACCCAUGGCAUCGCGAGGGGGCUUACUCCCAUCUCACCAACGAAGAGGACGAGAAGUACCUCGCGGCUGUUCGGGCUUUCAAUCCAUACGAUCUGUACAGCAAAAGCGAUAUUCCCGUCGACGUUGAGGCUGUCAAGCCGUAUUAUCAAGGCUUGAUUGCGAAGUUCUUCCCGCCUAUUCUUAAUUGGUAAAUGGAGUGCUAUUACGCUCAGUUAUUUAGCGCGCGACUGAAACUACGGAAGAGAAUUUAUGUGUUAUUUUGUUUUGUAUCAUAUAUAUCGUUGUCGUCUACUGUUAGUCUUACGCAAUUCCUUCCUGAAAACAUGAAACUGUAAUCUGGGUAUAGAGACUUCGUAGCAAGUACAUACGCCGGACAAUGAAGGAAGAUAUGG